UCUUCCACCUAAGGCAAAACGGGACCGUAGCAGAGUACAUAGAGGUGUUCGAGGGAAUGAUGCACACGAUGUUAGCACACAAUGCUCACUGGGAUCACUGGUUCUUUGUUUCUCACUUUGUGGAUGGGUUGAAGGAGGAGAUUAGAGCCGCGGUCGUGUUGCAUAGGCCUCAAGAUCUAGAUACUGCCGUGUCCUAGGCUAUUUUGUAGGAGGAGGUUGUGGAGAUGGGACAAUGCAGGGAGACGCGCAAAGUGGAGCCCUUGGCCAUGGCAUCCUGAGGGGCGCCACGCCAGGGCUUUCUGCUGCCUCCACCACCAAUGAAGCCAGAUGCCAGGCCGAUGCCAUUGGACAAAGACCGAAAGGGUUCUGAAGGUGCUAAAGGAGGAGAAGACAAGGUGGUCGCGCUGAGAGCAUACAGGAAGGCCCAAGGACAAUGCUUCACUUGUAGAGAAAGGUGGACUGGACGUGAUCACUGGUAUGCAACCACUAUCCAGUUGCAUGUGGUUGAGGAGUUGUUGGUGCUCAUGAUGGCGGGCACCGAAGAUGGUGAUAAACCUGGGCUCGAAACUAAGAAGGGAGCGGAGGAUCUGAUGACUAUCUCCAAGGCGGCUCUAUCUGGGGAGGAGAUUGCCCACACCGUGCGACUACAAGGACUGAUUCAGCGCAAGGAGGUCCUGAUGCUUGUGGACUCUGGAAGUUCGAAUAGCUUUAUCAGUGAAGGAGCCGCUCGACACCUAUCAGAUGUGAGACGUGAGGUGAAGCCAAUUCGAGUUCAAGUGGCGGGCGGGGGAGUCCUGACCUGCUCGGAGGAAAUCCCAGGAUGUGAGUGGUGGAUUGGAGGUGAGACUUUCUGCACUACAUUGAAGGUGCUUCUCCUAGCCUGUUAUGAUGUGAUUCUUGGAAUUGAUUGGUUGGAAGGGCACAGUCCCAUGGAAGCAGAUUGGCAGCAGAAACACCUGACGUUUGUUCAGAAUGGGAGAAAGGUGCGUUUACAGGGAGUUAGGACAAAUGUCGAUCGUUGUGAGGGGUUGAAUGGAUCACAAUUGAAGGGGUUGGGCAACAGAGGGGCUAUUGCACACCUGGUCCAUCUGUGUGCAAUAUCUGAAUUGCCAGGAGCAGCAGAUUUCCCUAAAAGCAUAUAGAGGUUGGUGCAGCAGUUCAGCAACCUGGUUGAGGAACCUCAAGGAUUGCCUCCGCCAAGGCCAUUUGAUCACUCAAUUCCGCUUCUUCCUGGGGCUUGACCGAUGAAUGUGUGCCCCUACUGCUAUAGCCUGUUCUAGAAGGAUGAAAUCGAGCGUCAGGUCAAAGAAAUGAUGCGGCAGGGAGUGAUCCAGAUGAGCUCGAGUCCUUUUGCUUUGCCAAUGUUGUUAGUUCACAAGAAAGAUGGGAGUUAGAGAUUUUGCAUAGAUUACCACCAUCUGAAGCAAUUACAAUGAAGAACCGAUUCCCCUUGCAGGUGGUGGAUGAAUUAUUGGACGAGUUGGCGAAGGCGAUAUGGUUCACUUGCUGAGACUUGCACUCGGGCUAUCACCAGAUCCGGAUGCGGCCUGAAGACAAGCACGAGACCACUUUCAAAACCCAUCAAGGGUAUUACGAGUUCCACAUGAUGUCCUAUGGCCUCAUAGGUGCACCGGCGACCUUCCAGGGAACCAUGAAUGUGAUUCUGGCGCCGUUGUUGCAGAAGGGAGUGCUUGUAUUUAUCGUUGAUAUACUAAUUUACAGUGCCACAUUGGAGGAACAUGAGAGGAUGCUCAAGAGUGUCUUUGAAAUCUAGGUGGAGCAUGAACUCCGAGUGAAGCCGAGUGCCUGUUCACGUAGAAGUAGCUCAGGUACCUGGGACAUGUGAUUGGGGGCGGGUGCGUGGCAACGGAUGUGAAGAACAUCCAAGCGGUGAAAAUUGGCCAGUACCCACAAACACCAGAGAGGAACGCGGAUUUUUAGGCUUGGCGGGGUACUACAGGAAGUUUUUGCGCCAUUUUGGGGUUAUCAGUCGGCCACUCACUGAUCUCUUGAAGAAAAACCAAGUGUUUGUGUGGACCUGAGAGGCGGAGGAGUCCUUCAGAACUCUGCAGCAAGCUCUGGUAGCCACUCUGAUGUUAACCCUGCCUAACAUCGACAAAACUUUUGUGAUUGAAGCAGAUGCAUCGAAGAAGGGAAUUGGAGCAAUAUUGAUCUAGGACGAGCACCCAGUGGCAUUUCUGAGCAAGGCGUUGGGGCCUAAGACUCGGUGCUUGUCCACUUAUGAGAAGGAGGGCCUGGCUAUUCUGAUGGCAGGGGAACAAUGGCGGCAGUACCUGCAGCAUGCGGAGUUUGUGAUCCGAACAGAUCAACAGAGCAUCGUGCACCUAGAACAACAGCGGAUCAGUACGCCAUGGCAACAGAAAUUGUUGAUG